UUUUUGAAAACUGAUAAAAUGGAAGAUAUAAUCAAUUAUGAGAUUAAAAGCCAUGAUAGUCUAAGUGAGGUACAAAAUUUUGAAGAGACAUUAUUAAGCGAAGAAUAUAAUUUAGUCCAAUCAAAUCAAAUUUUAAGUAAUUUGGAUAAAGAAUCAAGCACGAGAUUUUCACUACGACCAAUUAAUUCUAUUAUUAAUUAUGACUCUCAAGAAUAUAUUGAUACUAGGAGAAAGCAUUUAAUAUUAUGUAAUCUUAGUUCUUAUCAAAUUAUAAAAUGAUAUAUCAGCCAAAAAGAUUUUCGCAAGUAUUUUCUCAGGUUCUUUCAGCAAAUUAUGCAUAAUGGUUUUCAAAAAAUUGUGAUAUCUUCGAAAGAUCAUUCGAGGAUAUUAAACAUUUCAAAAUUGAUAUCUCCCACAAUCAGAAUUCUAUCAGGCAUCAGUAAAUGUGCCUACUUUUCUCAGAUCAAAAUCGGACCCAAACAUAUGAAGAGAAUCUUUUUCUGCACUAAAAACAUUCAAACAGUUUGCUUCGUUGGCUGACUUAUUUACCCAUUCAAGUUAAAAAUCCCUCCAUCAACAACAUUCACAACAAAGAAAUACUCCUUUAUCGCAACACUCGACUCAGAGAACUCAACUCUCGCCAAUAGCCCAAAAAUCCUAACCUGCAUUGCUAACUUUCUCAGCCAGACUAACCCAUCUCCCCUUUGAGAACUAUCCAUCGGAACAAACAUCCCCACCAAAACCAGACUCCAAAUAAAAUCCAUUCUUCCCAACAUCACCCUUCUUUUCACUUAAAAACCCUCCACAUCUCCAUUUCCCUCCCCCUUCUUCACCCAGUUCAAAAUUCCCUAAAUUCCCCCACUUUCCUAAAUC